CCCUUCUUCAAGUCACAAUAUAUAUACACAUCAUCCUCCAUAAUGAUUUCUCUCAAUUAUCUCGUGAAUUUAGCAACCUCUGAUUUACCAUACAAUCCGCACAAUCCAAUUCAUCGUGAUUCUAGUUUCCACUUUCCAACACCAAUAAAAGGAUUUGAAAAUGGAGCAGGAAAGAAAUACUAAAGAAAUAUCGGUAACAUGGAGGGGAAAGAAGUAUGUUUUGACGAUGAAUUUAGACGCCACCGUUGAAGAAUUAGGGCAGGAAUUACAGAAACUGACUGCAGUGAAAUCCGAUACUUUGAAACUCAUCGUUCAAUCCAAGAAAUCAUCGAAAUUACUGUCUCCGUUCUCUGAUGAGCACUCUCGUCUCACAUUGCAAGAAACAUCCAUCAUAGAGGGGAAACCUAUACGUAUGAUGGGAGUGCCGAAAGAAGAGAUCGAUCAAAUUUUAAAAACCGCAAAGAUGGACAUGAGAAUAGUGGGAUUUGACGAAGAGGAAAAGCGAAUGCGACAGAGAAUUUCAAACGGAUUCGAUACCCCAUUGAAGCUUCCUCAAGGAAAUUAUGUUUUUGGUGAUUUUAAAACGCUUGAUCUUCCCGGGAUUGAGUUAAAUCCUCCAGCUUCAGAGGCACUCAGACUUAUGCAUACACUUGCUGCCGAUCGAGGAAUCGUUGCUAUCAUGAAUAAGCAUAAAUGGCGUGUGGGAAUAAUGACUGAAAUGGCUCCUGAGGGUUACGUUGGUGUAAGUCCUGUGUGCAUUCUUGGUUUCAACAAGAAUCAUGGCGAGGAGAUAUCUUUGCGUCUUAGAACCGAUGAUCUCAAGGGUUUCAGAAAAUAUCAGAGCAUUAAGAAGACUCUUCUACAUGAACUUGCCCAUAUGGUUUAUUCCGAACAUGAUGCAAAGUUCUACGCUUUAGAUAGUCAGCUUAACAAGGAGGCUGAAGCUCUAGACUGGACUAGAUCUACGGGUCACUCCUUAAGCGGGUCCCACAAGACCCAACAACAUGAACCCGAGUUUCAUGUUACCGAUACUAGUAGUUCUUUGUCUCGUAAACUUGGGGGAAACCGUUCGUCUAUUUCAUUAGCUAACGCUCGAGCAUCUUCGGUUGCUGCGGCUUACGAACGUUUAUUAAUCGCGUCCAAUAAUCCGUCAAUGAAACCCGAAUCACAAAAUGAACCCGACCCGGAUGAUUCCAUGGAUUUGACCAUUAAUGAAAAACAAACUUAUGAACCCGAUCCAGAUGCCCAUGAAGCGGUAAACAACAAAAAUGAACCCGACCCGGAUGCUUCUAUGGACAUCGGUGAAAAGCAAACUUAUGAACCCGAUCCGGAUGACGAUGAAGCGGUAAACAACAAAAAUGAACCCGACCCGGAUGCUUCUAUGGACAUCGGUGAAAAACAAACUUACGAACCCGAUCCGGAUGAUGAUGAAGCAGUGAACGACAAAAACGAGCCUGACCCGGAUGAUAAUAUAGACAACGAAGCUAUGGAAUCUGAAGCAUGUGAAGAUUUGACCCAAAAUGUUACUACUUAUGAACCAGAUCCCGAUGAUGGUAUUUUACACGACGAAGAGCUACAAAGAAUUCAAGAUCCCGUUGUGAUUGCGUGUAAUCGUUUGAAAAAGUCAAUUGAAACACUGCAAUCGGAAGUUAGUCCAUCCGAAGCUGCUACGGUUUUUCAGACUCUAGUUAAGAUAGUCAAGAAUGUUAUCGAACACCCUGAUGAAACAAAGUUCAAGAAAUUACGCAAGGCUAAUCCUGUAAUUCAGAAGAACAUUGCAAGUCACAAUGGUGCGAUGGAGAUACUGUUCUUGAUCGGUUUUUGUGAAGAUGUUGUUCAAGAUGAGAUCGGGAGAGCGGAGGCUUAUUUGGUACUGAAGAGAAAUGAUCCCGGUUUGUUGUGGCUGGCUAAAUCCUCUUUGGAAACAUGCAUUAGCUUCUAAACGGAUAUGGAUGUCGUUGCGCAUUGUUACAUAUGCAUUGUAAAGUGAGAUUGGAGUGUGUGAACUUUGUAAACGAUCCAGGGCUGUAAAAAAAUGUUUGUGUAUAUGUUUAUAUUCUGUUAAAGUUUAAUAAACAAACACAAACAAAAGUAUUAAAAGUAUUGUUGGUGUCCA